AAGCGUCCACACGACAGGUCCGAGAUCCUACCUCCAGACCAGACUCCACGAUCCUGAUUGUGGACAACAGCGAGCUCUACGGGACGUCAGGAAGCGUAGCAGCUACAGAACAGACAAUGGAUCGAAAUGGCACCGAGGCUCUUCCAGAUCUCCUGUGCAGUAGGGUGAUCAACCCUUCCUUCCAGGGUCACACAGAAAUGCCACACCCAUCAGCUGAUGUCCUGGAAGAUCUUCAGGGCGAGCACGUCUACAACAACACUGAUGGACACCACGAGUACUUCUCCAACUCUUCUUUGUUAGGAG